GGAAGAGGAAGUGGCGGCGGCGUUGAUGAUGAUGUGAGCGCAUGUCCACUGUCUCGUUCCCGUGUUAGACUCGCGUGUGUUCUGUUCUAACGCGGUAAAAACAAAUAGUUUAUACAAUGCGACGAUUGUGUUCUCGCGUUCUGUAAUGUUGCGGUCUUUCGGUCAUUCUUGGCUCCUCUGUCGUGAAAUAAUCGAGGGCAAAAGCCGCGCCUCGCCUCGGAAGGCUUGAAUACACUUGGAGCAAGUGCUGUUAGCGGGUGUGCCUAGUAAAGCCAGAAAAACACAGGACGGACAGCAAUCCGCUGCUCUCGCCCGGACUCUACACAAGCCGCCACACAAAACACCAGACUCGUGACCGACAUGGACGAGCGUCAGCAAGGAAGAGGAAGAGGCGGUGAAGUCAUCGUGAGGAGCUGUUUAUCUCAGGACUUGUCGGACCCAUACCACGCCACCUACCUGUCCUUCUACCUCCUGGGACUGGGCUCCCUGCUGCCUUGGUACUUCUUCAGUACCGCCAAGGGCUACUGGGAUUACAAGUUCAGUGCUGGCAACAGCUCCACGGAACAAUCGUCCAAUUCAGAUCUGCUCGUCUAUUUUGAGAGCUACCUGUCCAUAGCGUCCACAGUUCCCAACGUCUUUGUCUCGGUGCUCAAUGUUCUUCUAAUUAACAAGCUGUCAGCAAAUGUCCGCGUGCUGUCUUCCCUGGCAACCAUGCUGCUCAUAUUUGCCGUAACGGCCGCCUUGGUCAAGGUGGACACUUCAGCAUGGCUCUCUGGGUUCUUUGGAGUGACCAUGACGUGUGUGGUGGUGGUGAACUCUGCAACGGCCGUGUUUCUGGGCAGCCUCUAUGGCUUGGCUGCCCUCUUCCCACCAAAAUACCCGCAGGCGUUCAUCACAGGACAGGCAAUGGGAGGCACGCUAAGCGUCCUGGCUUCCAUAGUAGACAUCGCGGCCGCGGGAGACGUGACGGACAGUGCCUUGGCCUACUUUCUCACGGCGGACAUUUACGUGCUGGUGUGCAUCGUCAUCUACCUGCGACUGUGCAAGUUGCCCUUUGCCAGGUACCACAUCGAUUACAAGGCCCCUCCGUCAAUUAAUUACGACGCGCGGGACGCGGCGAGCGUGCAGUCCGACACGGACGAGCCCUACCCGGCAGACACGGAUGUCCUGAUGGCGCCCGCCGACACGCACGCCCCAAGACACCACCAGCAACAGCGAUCCUUCCCGCCGGUACGGGCGAUUCUGCGCGAGACGCGCUGGCUGUGCCUCUGCGUCUUCUUCUGCUUUUACGUCUCCAUGAUCCUUUUCCCGCCCGUGCUGGCCAACAUCGUGCCGACGUCCGUCUCGCCCGAGAGCGUGUGGGCCAAGAAAUAUUUCGUGCCCGUCGCCAUCUUCCUGGUGUACAACUUGGGGGACCUGGUGGGCAGGGUGACGGCCGGGUGGCUGCGAUGGCCGGCGCCCGAAAGCUGGCUCAUGCCGACUCUCGUCUUCCUCCGCACGGCGUUUCUGCCGCUCUUCGCCUUCUGCAACUACCAGCCCCGCCGACAUACGUCCACCCUGCUGCUCGCCAACGACGCCGUCCCGGUGGUGCUCACCGCUCUGCUGGGGGUCACCAACGGGCACCUGGGCAGCACGGCGCUCACCUUCGCGCCAAGGGUGGUGCCGGCGGAAAUGGCAGAGGCCACGGGGGCUGUCAUGACGUUCUUCCUGUCCCUGGGCCUCGCCGCCGGGGCUCUGAGCUCCAACAUUUUCAUGAGGUUCAUCUGAAGUGUAAGGCACGGACAGGUUCGGGGAGAGAUGUCGGAGAUGGGAGGGAUGGGAGUAAUCUGAGGGACGGGAGGGAGGGAUGUGAGCUGUUUAUGCGGCAAUGGUGUAGUGUGUUUGUGUGCGUGGGUGGUUUUAUGAUGUUUUUAGAUAUAAACCCGAGUGCACUAGUUACGUUGAAAACGGCCUUUUCUUGUUUACUUCAUCUAAUAUUUGAACCUGAUUUUGCUUUUUCUUAAAUUACAAAAGUGCCUUAACUGAACGCUAAAAUUCAAUUUUGAAUUCGUAACUUGCACUCCGACCUCAAUCUAAGAGGGCGAGAACACACCGUAUGUCAUUUUUAAAUGUGAGCCGCAUUUCAAAUAUUUGCUUGUAAAAAAAUACAAAAGUUGCUACGAAACGUAUAAUUCCACUUUAAAAGUCAUCAAUGGUGAAUAUCACCACGCAAAUGGUGUACUCUGCGUAAUUAAGAACAUGUAAUUAAUAACAUCCCCUCUGUGAUACUCAUGGAGGGAGUGUUGGUGUCGUAGGUUAGCACGAUGUCACUUAAGUUCUGUUCCUGGCCACGGCUAACGUCAGUGGCAAGUGAUAUCUGGGACCAGCCUUGGGCACCCCACUUUCACCAGCCUGCACUGACCAGUGUGAUGAAGUAUGGUUAAACACAAAAAGAAACCCCAUGACUGAAACAGCAUGGGGAAGUGGGCCUUCAUCCAGCAAUGCAUGAACAAACAGCUCUAAAUGAACUAAUAGGGUUUUUCCCCUUUUUUCUGGCAACAGAACUGACACCUUUUGCAA